AUGAGGAGUGACUGGUCUAAAGAUAAACCUCCAGAGUUCAGUGCUGAACCUGGACCUUCAGACACAAAGGACAGGAAGAGCAGUAGAGGUGAUGUGAAGGAGCAGCUGUCCUGCUGUGCUUUGUGUCAGGAGGCCCUGAGGGAUCCAGUCUCGACCAGCUGUGGACACUGGUUCUGCAGACGAUGCAUCACCUCAUACUGGGACCAGUCUGAUCCAUCAGGAGAUCCUGCCUGUCCCCAGUGUGGAGAAAGAUCAAGAACAAGACCUGGACUGCAGACAAGCAGUCAAACCAGCCCAGUUGACAGCGGUCUGCAGGAGGUUUUAGACGAGCAUAAGAUCAGUCUGAGGAGGAGAUGUGAAUUUGUGACAGAAGGAACUGCUUCAGCAGGAACUGGAACCCCCCUCAACAGGAUCUACACUGAGCUCUACAUCACACAGGGACGGAGGGAAGAGGUUAAUACCCAACAUGAGGUGUGGCAGCUGGAGACAACAUCCAAGAUGGAGACCCUCAGUGACACUCCAAUCAAGUGCCAGGACAUCUUUAAACUCUUACCUGGCCAAGACACACACAUCAGAGUAGUUGUGACGCAGGGUGUUGCUGGCAUUGGAAAAACCUUCUCAGUGCAGAAGUUCACUCUGGACUGGGCAGAGGGCUUGGAAAACCAACAUUUCAGUCUUGUGGUUCUGCUUUCGUUCCGGGAGCUGAACUUGAUCAAAGAUGAGCGCUACAGUCUUCUUCAGCUGCUCCGUGUUUUCCAUCCAAUAUUACAGACGGUCACAGCAGAGAAGCUCGCUGUCUGUAAAGUCGUGUUCAUCUUUGACGGCCUGGAUGAAAGCAGGUUUUUAUUGGAUUUCCAGAACAAUGAGGUCGUGUCUGAUGUCACACAGACGUCAUCAGUAGACGUGCUGUUGACAAACCUCAUCAAGGGGAAUCUGCUUCCCUCGGCUCUCCUGUGGAUAACUUCCAGACCUGCGGCAGCCAAUCAGAUCCCUCCUACAUGUGUUGACAGGGUAACAGAAGUCCGAGGAUUCACUGACCUCCAGAAGGAGGAGUACUUCAGGAGGAGGUCCAGUGAUGAGGAGCUGUCCAGCAGAAUCAUCUCGCACAUCAAGGCGUCCAGGAGCCUCCACAUCAUGUGCCACAUCCCAGUCUUCUGCUGGAUCACUGCUACAGUUCUGGAGCACAUGUUGUCUACAGACCAGAGAGGAGAGCUGCCCAAGAGCCUGACUGAGAUGUACUCACACUUCCUGCUGGUUCAGACACAGAGGAAGAAGCACAAGUAUGAUGAGAGACAUGACAGGAGUCAGCAGGAGCUGAUGGAGACUGACAAGGAAGUUCUUCUGAAGCUGGGCAUGCUGGCGUUUGAACAUCUGGAGAAAGGCAACCUGAUGUUCUACCAAGAAGACCUGGAGGAGUGUGGUCUUGAUGUCACAGAGGCCUCGGUGUACUCAGGAGUGUGCACAGAGAUCUUCAAAACAGAGUGUGUGCUCUUCCAGAGAAAAGUCUACUGCUUUGUCCAUCUGAGCAUUCAGGAGUUUCUCGCUGCAGUCUUCAUCUUCCACUGCUACACCUUUGAUGACCAAAAGCCAUCAUUGGAUAUCUUCCUGCAAAGCGUCAUGUCUGAAGCCCUGCAGAGCAAAAAUGGUCACCUGGACCUCUUUGUCCGUUUCCUUCAUGGCCUCUCACUGGAGUCCAACCAGAGGCUCUUAGGAGGCCUGCUGGGUCAGACAGAGAGCAGACCAGAAGACAUCAAGACAGCCAUCAGAAACCUGAAGAAGAUGAACACCAGCAGUGCCUCACCUGACAGAAGCAUCAACAUCUUCCACUGUUUGAUGGAGAUGAAUGACCUCUCAGUACAUCAGGAUAUCCAAGAGUUCCUGAAGUCAGAGAACAGAUCAGAGAAGGAGCUCUCUUUGAUCCACUGCUCAGCUCUGGCCUACAUGCUGCAGAUGUCAGAGGAGGUUCUGGAUGAGUUUGACCUGAAGGCGUACAACACAUCACAUGAUGGACGACUGAGACUGAUCCCAGCUGUGAGGAACUGCAGGAAGGCUCGACUUUCUGGCUGUGAACUCUCAGAGACUCACUGCGAAACUGUGGCCUCGGCUCUGAAGUCCAACCCCCAUCUGACAGAGCUGGACCUGAGUGAUAACUACGAGCUGCAGGAUUCAGGAGUGGAGCUGCUGUCUGCUGGACUGGAGAGUGCAAACUGCAGACUGGAGACUCUGAGAUUAAGGCACUGCAGGUUGUCAGGCAGCUGCUGUGCUUUGCUGGCCUCGACUCUGAAGUCCAACCCCCAUCUGACAGCGCUGGACCUGAGUGAGAACCAGCUGCAGGAUUCAGGAGUGGAGCUGCUGUCUGCUGGACUGGAGAGUCCAAACUGCAGACUGGAGAUUCUCAGAUUAAGGCACUGCAGGUUGUCAGGCAGCUGCUAUGCUUCUCUGGCCUCAGCUCUGAAGUCCAACCCCCAUCUGACAGAGCUGGACCUGAGUGAGAACCGGCUGCUGCAGGAUUCAGGAGCUGUCACUGUCCUGGGGGCCUCACCCCACCAGGACAAGGAACUGUGUAACCUUGUCAAGGUGUGA